UAAACAUUUGUUUACAGAACUGUUUGUAGCAACAAGCAUGCUUCAUAUAAAGUCAGCGCAGGAACGGUCUUAUCAUCUGCUUGUCUUUCACGGAUCAGUUUUACCCGUGAUCGUCGUUAGUAGUGUAUUGCUUAAUAUUGUUGACAGUUAAAUUACCUAACUGUAGUGAUGGGUGUUGUAGACGGCAUCAAAUCGGCUUCCCUCUUUGGAAAGUUAGCAUUCUUUUUGUUGGCUGUAGCUUUGCUGUUUGUCUAUAUCGCAUUCACCACGACAGGGUGGGGAGAAAAUGCGUCGGGGACGCAUUGGGGGUUAUGGCGAAUAUGUGGCAACAACGAGUACAUCCCUGGGUGUACCCCAGUCGACGGAUGGGCUCUAGAUUGGUACGCCGCCACCCAAGCUUUGGCUAUAUUCGGCUUCGUGGGAAUCAACGUCGCCUUCUUGUUGGUAUGCCUUCUUCUCUUCACGUCUCAAUGUGGGGGCAACAAAGAGGUCGGCAUGGGCGCCGCCAUCAUCUGCCUCAUCACAGGCGUCCUGCUGCUGAUUGGGUGUAUUGUAUUCGGUGCAAAGUUUGACGAUCGCUACAUCGACCAAUUUCCAACGAAUAAACACAAACUAUCUUACUCAUUCGGACUAGCUCUUGUUGCCAGUAUACUGGAAAUCGUGGCGGGAGUUUUCAUGCUGGUGGACGGACUAGGGAAAGGAACCUCACCUUCCGGCUAAUCAACCUGGUGUGCAUGUAGAACGUUAAAUAAUUAAAUAAACGUGUUAGAUACAACGACUGAACUAAAACUGUGUUUCCUAAUACUAAACAGCAUAGAGUGUUUAUUCAAAGACGUUUGUCGACAUCCGUCCUCAUGUACAUGAAAGUGUGAUAUAGUACCCGAGUUUGAGCUCCUCCCCAUAGUGGCAUUGUAAUACUGUGUGGAGGAUGUAGGAUAUCAUGUGCUUGCUGUUUGUGCAUCAUCUAGAAUCCUACACGUGUUACAAUGUAACACUUGUGAUAAUAUUUAUAAAAAAAUAUUUAUAUUUUCUAAAUAAAUCAUAAUGUGCUAUAAAAUAUGAGUGUAUACUUCUGUUUUUAAAUAAGCACAGAACAUUUAUAUUAUGUAUAUAAAUGUAUAUAUUUAUUAGUACUGGCGGUGGAAUGUCAAAUAUGCAUUAUCGAUAGUGUGACGUCAUUGUCUCUCAGCUAUGAUACCCCCUUAAUGUGUCAACCAUGAAAGUAUAUAUUCUUUUAGUUGUUGCUUUUUUUUUAAAUACAAAGUAACAAAAUGUAGUUUAUUUGUGAGAUCGCAUAAAAUGAUAUGUAAGAAUUUGGCGUAUGUCUUAUUCAGGUUAAAUUUAGAAGUAAAUGAGCCAAGCGUAAGCUUAGUUGUUACAUAUUCCACACUUAGACUACAUUUUGCAUGAUAAUUAUUCAAUUCUUUUCACUUGUAAAACAACUCUGUACAUGUGUAUGAUUAUUGACGUCUUUUUGUCCAUUUGUAAUCUAAUAGAAAUUUUUACUGUUUAAACAAUCUUCAUAAUUGAGGAAAUAAAGAGAAUAAUAACAAUUC